AUGGCGGAAUCCCCGGAGCCCUUGCCCAAAUUAUCUCGCAACGCACAUGCAUUGCAUUGCAUACGAUGUCUGUCGGGAUUGCCGUCCUCGCAGACGGAGAUGGAUUCGUCUCGUUUGGCGUUGGUGUUCUAUUGCCUUGGGUCCCUUGACCUGCUUGGAGUACUGGAGUCAAAGAGCACUGAUGCGGAUCGAGAAAGCUGGAAGGAAUGGAUAUGGCAACAGCAUGCCAGCGGGAAGUACGGUGCAGGCUUUCGACCAAGCCCCUUCAUGACAGGGGCAGGUUCCCAGAGCGCAGAAUACUCCGAAUAUGACACGCCACACCUGAUAAUGACUUACACUGCGCUGCUUUCGCUCUCUAUCCUGAGGGACGACUUCGCCCGCCUCCACCGGCAGGGUCUGCUGACGUUCCUCCGGAGCUGCCAGCGCGAAGACGGCAGCUUCUGCAGUUACCCUAAUAGCACGGAAUCCGACUUGAGAUCGGUGUACUGCGCAUUCGCCAUCAGCAGCAUGUUGGACGACUGGUCGGGCAUAGACGUCCCCCGCGCAUUGUCGUUCAUCAGCAAAUGCCGGACAUACGAGGGCGGGUACGGUCAGGAGCCGUAUGCCGAAGCACAAGGAGGGACAACCUACUGCGCUCUCGCAGCCAUACACCUAGCCCUCAGCGCUCCCCAUUCAACUUCUCUAUCCCUUAGCGGACUCACACAGGCCCAACGGCGGCAGACAAUCCGAUGGCUCGUCCACAACCAAGAGUCAUUGGGCGGAUUCCGUGGGCGCACGGAAAAGGAUCCGGACGCGUGUUAUUGUUUCUGGUGUGGCGCCUCUCUCCAGAUAUUAGACGUGAAAGGCCUGGUGGAUACUGGUCCUCUGGCUUCGUUCUUGGCGAAGUGCCAGUUCAAAUUCGGGGGGAUUGCCAAAGCCCCUGGCGAACAUUCUGAUCCAUUUCAUACGUACCUCUCCCUCGCUGCCUUGGGAAUAUACCUCCCAGAGGACCCGGAAGAGUCCUGGAAGUUCGAGGCAUUGGAUCCCUCAUUGAAUGCAAGACUAGAGACGGCCCAAUGGGCCCGGGAGAAGAUACCCUCAAGGUCUCUCGGACACUGAACACGAGCCUGUGGAUGAUUUUGUCGAUCUUGUCUGAAUUGUUGCACUGGGUAUAGCGAUUGAAUCUUUCCAACUGUCGCAAUUCUUCCAAC